AUGCAAGCACCAGUCGUCCCAUCUGCCCAAAGUUUUAGCGAUGAUGAUCAAAGUUCAACCUCACUGAUGACUAAUGAUACUGUUAUCAACAAAAACCUCACCAACGGAUUGAGUUCAUCAAGUCCGAAUAUUACAUCCGAAGUUCUUGUCAAUAUUACAAAUCAAGUAAUUCGAGAAAUAAUACAAACGAAUUUAUCAGGCCACCACAUCCCGUCCUCCGUUGCUGUAAAUAAUGCUAGUUAUUUGUACAUGAUUUUAUCCUUUUUUGCAAGAAUUAUUUCCGAUAUCAUUAUAUUACUGUUAAUGAUGACAAUAUUACUGAUAUUGUUUCCUUCUCUGUUGAAGCCAUUACAAUAUGCAUUUCAAUCUAUUUUGAUCACAUUCAGGACAAGUGUUGAUGCAUUGCUCAAUUUAAAAGACACAUUAGAAAAGGCAUAUCAACAAGAAUGUGAAGAAAAGGCCUUUAAACAAGUAUCCUCUCAUGCCUCUCAAUUAUUCAACCAAAUGGAAUCCAAACACACCACGACUCAGGAAUUACAACCUUCAGAAGAAAAGCCAAACCGAUUACACCAACCAAAAGUAUCACCUGAGGAAAAAUGGUACGAAUUGACAUUUCCACUCAGAUAG